AAAUCUAAUCUAAAGAAGAAGUUUCAAUGUGUAUUUGAGGGGAUCGCUAAACAAGGAAACCCAACACUUCUCAAUAAGAUCUACACAGAGCUCUACAUCACAGAGGGUGGAACAGGAGAGGUCAAUAAUGAACAUGAGCUGAGACAGAUUGAGACAACAACCAGGAAACAAGCAAGACCAGAGACUGCAGUCAAAUGUAACGACAUCUUCAAACCCUUAACUGGACAAGACAAACUUAUCAGAACUGUGCUGACAAAGGGAGUCGCUGGCAUUGGAAAAACAGUCUCUGUGCAGAAGUUCAUUCUGGACUGGGCUGAAGGAAAAGCAAAUCAGGAUGUCCAAUUUGUAUUUUCAUUCCCUUUUCGGGAGCUGAAUUUGAUGAAAGAGGACAAACACACUUUGAUUGAACUUCUCUAUCACUUCUCAAUGGAAACCAAACAAUCAGGAAUCUCCAUCUACAACAAGUACAAAGUUCUGUUCAUCUUUGAUGGUCUGGAUGAGUGCCGACUGCCCCUAGACUUCCAGAAGAACAAGAUCUGUUGGGACGUCACAGAGUCAACCUCAGUGGAUGUUCUGCUGACAAAUCUCAUCAAGGGAAAUCUGCUUCCCUCUGCUCUCCUCUGGAUAACUACCCGACCUGCAGCAGCCAAUAAGAUCCCUUCAGAGUGUGUUGACCAGGUGACAGAGGUACGAGGGUUCAAUGACCCACAGAAGGAGGAGUACUUCAGGAAGAGAUUCAGUGAUGAGGACCUGGCCAGCAGAAUCAUCUCACACAUAAAGACAACAAGGAGCCUCCACAUCAUGUGCCACAUUCCAGUCUUCUGUUGGAUUUCUGCAACAGUCCUCGAACACAUGCUGAAACAUAAUAGAGAAGAGAUGCCCAAGACUCUGACUGAGAUGUACACACACCUUGUGGUGUUUCAUACCAACCAGAAGAAUGAAAAGUAUCUUGGGAAAGAAGAGACAGAUCCACACUGGAAUAAAGAGAGCAUUCUGUCACUGGGAAAACUGGCUUUUCAACAGCUAGUGAAGGGCAAUCUGAUUUUCUAUGAAAAAGACCUGAAAGAGGCUGGCAUUGAUGUCAAUGAAGCCUCAGUGUACUCAGGAUUGUGCACACAGCUCUUUAAAGAGGAAUGUGUGCUGUACCAGGACAAGGUGUACUGCUUCGUUCAUCUGAGCAUUCAGGAGUUUCUGGCUGCUGUGUAUGUGUUCCUCUCAUUCAUCAACAACAAUGAGAAUCUAAUGGACAAACCACAAUCAAUGUUCAGAUACUUUUUCUCGCUGUUCAGAGACAAGCCUGAAGUUACUGAAGUUACUGUCUACAAGAGUGCUGUGGAUAAAGCCUUACAAAGUGAGACAGGAAACCUGGACCUUUUCCUCCGCUUCCUUCUGGGCCUCUCACUGGAGUCCAAUCAGAAGCACUUACGAGGUCUACUGACAAAGACAAGAAUCAGCUCACAGACCCAUGAAGAAACAGUCAAGUACAUCAAGGAGAAGAUCAGGGAGAAUCCCUCUCCAGAGAGGAGCAUCAAUCUGUUCCACUGUCUGAAUGAACUGAAUGACCAUUCUCUAGUGGAGGAGAUCCAAAGCUACCUGAGAUCAGGAAGUCUCUCAAAACCCAACCUGUCACCUGCACAGUGGUCAGCUCUGGUCUUUGUGUUGCUGACUUCAGAAAAGGAGCUGGAUGUGUUUGACCUGAAGAAAUACUCCAGAUCAGAGGAAGGUCUUCUGAGGCUGCUGCCAGUGGUCAAAGCCUCCAGUGCUGCUCUGUGAGUAAAUAAAAUGACA